AUGUACUUCGACAAAUGCCUACCGUUUGGCCUCUCCUGCUCAUGCCAAUUAUUCGAAAUAUUCAGCUCAUCUGUGGAAUGGAUAGCAAAAGAAAAACUGGCCAUACCUCAUAUCAUCCACCUUCUAGAUGAUUUCUUCAUAGCAGCCAACACAAAAGACUCAUGCGAAGAACACUUAUCCAAAUUCCUCGACACGUGCAAUGAUUUAGGAAUCCCCAUGUCCAAAGAAAAAACGACAAAACCGGCUACCACUAUCUCCUUCGCGGGUAUUGAGCUGGACUCUGUCGCAUACGAAGCCCGUCUACCUAGUGACAAGAUAACAAAUUGCUUAUCCCUCAUCGAACACAACCGAACCAAAAAGAAGAUCACACUUCAAGAACUUCAAUCAAUUAUAGGGACACUCAAUUUCUGCUGUUAUAUCAUACCUUCUGGACGUGCCUUUCUCCGCCGAUUAAUAGACUUAACAAAAGGCAUAACAAAACCACACCACAAAAUCCGCCUCAACAAAGAGGCACGCUCAGACUUACUCAUGUGGGACGGUUUCCUACGCAACUUCAACGGCAAGGCUCUCAUACACAGCGAGGGUUGGGACAGCAACACUAGCUUCCAACUUUACACGGAUUCAUCCACCACCUUCGGCUACGGUGCAAUCAGCGAUAACGAAUGGUUCUACGGCCCUUGGACGCCCCAGCAAAAACAACUGAACAUUACCACACUAGAAUUCUACCCCAUCCUCGCUGCGUUCCUUGUCUGGAGCAAGAAAUUCACCAACAAAAAAGUGACUAUUCACUCCGACAACGAAGCCUUGGUAUACAUUCUCAACAAAUGUUCCACCACCGACCCACUCCUUCUCACAUUACUUAGGAAACUGAUCCUCACCUCCAUGCGUCACAACAUUGCCUUCCGCUCUGUCCAUAUACCAGGUGUCAAAAAUACAUCUGCUGACGCUCUCUCUCGUCUUAACUUACAGAAGUUCCACCAAGCCUCCCCGCAGGCACUGCCAUACCCCACGCAGAUCCCGGCCCAAUGGCUACCAAACGCCUUCAUCUAA